UUUAGGGCUACAGAACCAGGAGCCACAGUCUUAGAAUAAAGGGGAGGUCAUUUACGACUGAGGUGAGAAAAAACUUUUUCAUCCAGAGAAUUGUGAAUUUGUGGAAUUCCCUGUCACAGAGGGCAGUGGAGGCCAAAUCACUGGAUGGAUUUAAGAGAGAGUUAGAUAGAGCUCCAGAGGCUAGUGGAAUCAAGGGAUAUGGGGAGAAGGCAGGCACGGAUUAUUGAUUGGGGAUGAUCAGCCAUGAUGACAAUGAAUGGCGGUGCUGGUACGAAGGGGUGAAUGGCCUCCUCCUGCACCUAUGUUUCUAUGUAUCUAUAUUUCUAAAAGCACACCAGCUCAAAGAUGCAGAGAUUGUAGUGUAGUCUGAAGUAAUGCAAAAUAAAACUAAUGUUUAUGAAAAUGCCCCAGGGGAUGAUUGGUUUAACGUAUGAUGAGUGUUUGUGGCUCUGGGCUUGGACUAGCUGGAGUUUAGAAGAAUGAGGGGCGGGUCUAGUUUGUCAGCUGAGGUGAGAUUGAGCCCAGUCAUUGGACUGUCCACACCACUACUCACUCUGAAUCUCAUUGAUCUGUUUUUCACAGUUGAGGCAAGUCCACAGCGCCCUCUGCUGGGCAGUGACGUCACACUCAGCUGCACCAUCUCCAGACUCUCAGAUACAGUCAGUCUUCACUGGAGACCAAUGGUUUCAUCCCAGAAGAACACGAGCAACACUGAUCAGACCCGCCUGAAUAACACGGUCUAUCUGAUGAUCCGACAUGUUACAGUGGAGGAUGGGAAGUUGUAUGUGUGUGAUGUGCAGGAAAACGGAAACAUUGUUCUCACCAGUAAUGGAGAUUUUACUGUAAACAACAUUUUAUUUAAAACGGAAUACACAGUUUACCGCUCCAGUACAGAUCAUAGUGAACUUCACCUGGUUUGCUAUAACAGUCGUGGGGAUUCCAAUACUGCCAUGACCUGGACAUCACGUCGCCUUCAACAGCAACAACAGCAAGUAUUAGCAUCAGCAACACACUCUCAGCCCAUCAAUGUCAAAGGGGCCAACUUCGGGAAUCGACUGGUGACGUCAGUGAAACAUUUCGAUGGCAAGGAUUUCAGUUUGAGGAUUGUCCCCGUUUUAUUUCAAGAUGCCGGAUGUUACAAAUGUUUUCUUGGAAAAGACACAUCAGUGAACAACGCGGGAAGGUCUCCAUUUCUCACCGUUGAUCUAAUCGCAGUGAAAGUCACAGCUGAACCGUCCGAUGCAGUGACUGAGGGAGACAACGUUACCCUGACCUGCUCUGUGUCUCACGUCACUGAGUCAAUGAGACUGAUUUGGAUCAAUGGCGAUGACAAAAGUGUUGGAGAAAAGACACUGACCGUGGAAGAGAAAUCACUGAGUCUGGUUAUUCAGAAAGUUGAGAGGGGCAGAGGGAAUUGGAGAUGUGGUUUGUUUCAUCAAGACCUGCUCCGGCAUUUUGUCCCGUACUAUCAGGAGCCCAGUGACAUUAGGAUCAUCACAGUCCUUGGCUACUUGUCGAUUAAACUGGCCGUUGCUCUUGGACUAAUUUGCUGCUCGUGGAGGAUGAACCGGAGCAGCAGAUAUUCACAGGAAUUUCCAGGAAACACCACAAAUAAUUCAAGAGCUGUCGCAUUGCAGACCCUGAAUUCUGACCCUGAUCUGAGAGAUCAGAAUGAAUGACCCAGCGUAGAAGAUGACACAGCCCAUCAAGCUCAUGCCCAAGAAAAUAUGUGUUUCUGAAAAAAUAUUGAGCCGAAUGGAGACUUUGGAAAUAGAUUUGCGGAUUUAUUGCGGAUUUGCUUUGUGAUUGUUUGGUACGUUGCCAGUCAGUUGUAUCCCACAGUGAACAUGUUAACAGUCUCAGUAUCAGUGUGGGCUAUUUUGCUUUGCAAAGACCAUCUCCUGAAGUGAAAAUUAUUCAUUUGUCAUCUUUGCCAAAAAAAUACACUGAAUUAAUUGCAGAGAAUGCAAAAGAAGACUUGGAAAUGCAGAACGUAGCAUUUUGGGGAAUUGUAUUAUUUACUUUCAAACUAAUUUGUAGCUUUCCUGCUUUGUUCCUGCUCAGAUUUAACAUAAUCGUUGCACCAAGCUUUUAUGUGCAUCGCAUUUCCUGCCUGAUUACUUUCAAGUUGGAAUCUGUUUUCUGCAAACUUGUACAUCUGCAACAUCUGUAUUCAGCUUCCAGAGAUAUUGUGAAAACAUAAUGAAGAUGAAUGAUGCAACAAUAAAAAUGACCAUU